AUGUCGGGCGGUGUGUUGUUCAGUCCCGAUAAAAUCCCAGACCUCUCCGGGAAGGUCAUUCUAGUAACUGGCGGAACGGCCGGUCUCGGGGCUGCCACGGUGCUCCAUCUGGCGAAACGCUCGCCCGCGCACAUCUACAUUAGCGGACGGAACGCAAAGAGCGCCAGCGACCUCGUCGAACAAGUGCGUGAUUCAAACUCGAAGACGCGCGUAUCGUUUCUCCCGUGUGACCUGGCGUCCCUCGUCUCCGUGAAGGAGGCGGCUGAAACGGUGCUCAAGCAGGAAUCACGGCUGGACAUCCUGAUGUGUAACGCAGGCAUUAUGGCACAGCCGCCUGGGCUGACAAAGGAUGGCUACGAGGUGCAAUUCGGUAUCAAUCACUUGGGUCAUGCGCUGCUGAUCCAGAAAUGUCUGCCUCUGCUGCAACAGACAGCAGAGCAACCUGGGGCCGACGUGCGCAUCAUCAUCCUCACAUCACUGGGAUUUCAGAUGCACCCCAGUGGCGGGAUCAUCUUCUCCGACUUGAAGACCGUGCAGAAUUUCAGCGUCUUUGGUAGCUGGAUCCGCUACGGCCAGAGCAAACUUGCCAAUGUCCUGUAUGCGCGCGAGCUGGCCCGCCGGUAUCCCGCCAUCACCAGCGUCUCUGUCCAUCCCGGCGUGGCCAGCACAGGGCUCGUUGAGAAUCAGAGCUGGGGAAACCGCGCCUUUAUCUAUGCUACCAACAUGGGCAAGCUGCUGAAGCCCUCAGAGGGUGCUUAUAACCAGCUCUGGUCGGCGACAACCGCCAAAGAGAACUUGGAAAACGGCCAACUUUAUGAGCCGGUGGGGGUUCUAUCGUCGAAGCUUGACAAAGCCGCUCGCGACGAUGCCUUGGCGAAGAAGCUGUGGGAGUGGACGGACAGGGCCUUGGAGGACUACAUGAACUAG